GUUUUAUAAUAUAUGUCAUUUUAUAAAACUUAUCUUAAAGAAACUACUCUCACAAAAAUAUUUUAAUAAUUAAAAAUUUUGAAAAAUUUUUAUACAUUAUUUUUGAACUAAGAGGAUGAGUUCAAAUUUGAUCAAUUUUAUGAUUUUGUACUUUAUUUUAUCAAAUGGUUCUUCUAUUAUCAUGUUGGAGAAAAAUAAGGAAGAAUUUAAUAAAAUUGAUAAAGCUUUGGACAAAAAUAAGGAAGAAUUGAAUAAAAUUGAUGAAGUAUUGGAUUCUUCAAUUAUCACUUUGGACAAAAAUAAGGAAGCUUCGGACAAAAGCAAUGAAGAAGAAUCGGAUAGUUAUGUUUGUCCAAUUUGUUUGCAUGAACUUGGCAAAGAUUUUACUGAACAUAAAUGUGGUAACAAAUAUCAUAUAGAAUGUCUUCACCGUUGGGAAGUAGAAAGCAAAAACCAUAAUUGUCCUGUUUGCCGAGAAAUAUUAUAUCCUAAUGAAAUAAGUGAGUAUAAGUAUUAAUUUUUUCAAAUAAUAAAUGAAAUUUAUUACAAUUUAGCUACAUAGAUUUUUAUGCACAUCUUUACUUAUCUGAAUGUUCUGAUAUUACACCACUCUGAUAACUAUUCCAUUUUGUUUACCUAAUGAAUUAUUUAACGUUUUAAUAAUAAUUUAUAUGUACUUAUUAGGAUGUGUUUUAUGUCCCUAUCGAGUUCUAUCAGGGUAUAGGUAUCAUUUUCAUACUAAAUGUUGCAAAGGAAGAAUAUGUGAAGAUGAUUACAGUUUUCUAAGAAGAAAUUGCUAUAAAAAAACAUGUAACAAUUGCGACGCACGUGGAUAUAUUCCAGUAUAUAAAAAACCUAUAAUAGUUCCGUGUGUAAACUGCAAUGAAAAUAAACCAAACCACAAUGUUUCUUCAAAAUGCCUACAUUAUUAUUGUAAGGAAUGUACAGAAGAAAAAGUCACAACUAAUAGUCUGUGUAAACUUUGUUCAAAACCUUUAAAAGUUAACAUUUUCAAAAAGUGGUAUCAUAAAUUAGCUUCAUUUCAUUAAUGUAACUGACAUACAGAUAUUAGAACUGCUAACAUCUUUAUUAUUUUUAUUUUUACUUUAAAUUUUAGCUAUAAAUAACCUUGGCUUUUAAUUAAUACUAUUUUAUAUUAAUUAUUAACAAUCUGUUUUUAUUUAUAUUAUUUAAAAUUAAUUUGAAUAUAUACAAUUACUAGACAUAUUUUUAUUUAAUUCUGUAACCAAGAAUGUAACACAUAGUUAUAAAAAUAAGCUACUCUUAAUAUAUGAUAUUUUAUGAUGCAGAAAACAGGACUGUUAAAUUUUGAUUUACAUAUCUAUCAAUCACAAUUUUUAUAAAAUUAAGAAUACUAAGAACAAUAAAUGUAGUACAACACACGUUUUAAAAAAAUAGUCACUUAAUAUUUUUUUGUAAAGUGAACUCAUUCUCGGAGAAAUAACAAAAUAUGUACGAUUUUGAGUAUUAUAGAAUAAACACAACUUUAGUUUUGUAUAGUUAUAUUUUUAAUAGGGUUUCUUAAUUAUAAACAACAAUAAAAUUUUUGUUAUUAUUAUGAACAUCAUUUUAAGUUUAAGUUAAAAUUGAUAAAUGUCACUUAUCACAUAUACUGACUCAUAAACAUAUGAUAACAUAUUUAUAUUACUUAAUGAAUUAAAAUCACCACCUAUAUUGGAAUUUAAAUUCCCAUUUUAACUUUUAUCCUUUAUGGGAGUACCAACAUAAUUAUUUAAAUGUCAGCAUACAUAUUCAAAUAGUUCAAAAAAGUAGAAAAUGAUCCAACUAAGAAAAUUACUAGUUGAUAACAAUUUUUGAACCAGUAAAUAAAAUGUUAUCAACACUUUAAAAUAGAGAUGGGAUUUUUGACUCACUGGUAUGAAUCAGUUCAUUUGAAUCAGUUCACUCAAAUGAGUUGACUCAGUGAGUCAACUCCCAAAUCGUCGAAUCUUUAAAGGCGCGAUUCUGACUCGUGAGUUGUAGAAGUUUGUGGAACGCGAAUUACAACUCGCAACUCACAAGGCAUACUCAUAGAGUGCCUUCUAAAUGCGCCUUAAUAGUUAUCUUAGCUUGAUUAAUAUCAAAUAUGAAAUAUCAAUGAAUUAUUGUUUUACACAAAUGUGAAUAAUAAUUUAUUUUACUCAUUG